CGAGACUUAAAGCUCAACCGGGGAGAAAGUGGCUACGCAUAUCAGAUAUGGCAAUGUACCAAACUAGGUACUCGCUUCACAUCUCCUCUUCGCCCGGGUAAAGCAGAGCGCAUGUCCAGAGAAGGGAAAUCAUCGCGACGAUCGCGUCCCUCGCUUUUCCCGGGCCCGUCUUGACACGGUUUCCCACAUGCAUGCAAGACUUUUUUUUCUUUUCUUUUCUUUAAUUCGAUCAUACAUAUCUCCAGACUUUGGAGACGAUGUACAAGUGACUCGGUAACGCUAGGCACGAUACUCAUAGCUCCUCGACACAGCGUAGAGGAGCAUAGAAUACGACCAUGCGUCCAACCACCGUUCUCUACAGCUCUCUGGCAGCUCUCUCGGGGGUAAAAACAGUCAAAGCGAAUGAUGUCGGCCCUGAAACUACCUGUCCGUCAACCCCAUUUCCAAGGGCGGAGGAGCAGAUAUGCGCGAGUCCCGAGCUGCUUUCUGCGACGCGGGCGAAAGGGGUAGAAGCUGCAGCAUACUGGGAAGGCCCACAGCACUGCGUCGGCGAGACGUGCGUCUUCGCUAACCCGCACAUCGGCGACGGCAUCGUGCUCGUCACGUCUGAGAGGAACGCGCGGGCUGUGCGCGGUUUUCCCGUCGCCUCUGCUUCCCCUGCUGCGCCCACUGCCCCUCCGCCCUUCCACGCAACCCACGUUCCCGGAAAAGGCAUCGGCGUCGUCGCCGACCGCCACAUCCAGAAGGGCGAGACGCUGCUCGUGCGCACGCCCACUUUGCUGGUGCAGACGGCGCCGCACGUCGAGCUGGAUCCCGGCGCGAGGGACGCGCUGUACGAGGUGGCUGUGGACAAGCUGCCGCGGCCGGGGUACGAGUUGUUUAUGGGGCAGAUGGGGGAGGGGGUGUACGGGAAGGUUGAGACGAAUUGUUUUCAGUUGGUUGUCAAGACUCACAACCCCAACAGCGUCCACUACCGCAUCGCCAACACAACCCACACCACCGUCGCCGCGCGCGCCAUCGCCCCGGGCGAGGAGCUCAGCAUAAGCUACAUCGCGCUGCUCCUCCCGCGCGCCGAGCGCCGCUCCCGCCUCCGCAGGUGGGGCUUCUCCUGCACCUGCGCGCAGUGCCUCCUCUCCCACUCCCCCUCCCCCCUCUCCACCGCCUCCGACUCCGACUCCCGCGUCGCCGAGAUCCUCGCCCUCGAGGCCGCGCUCGAGGUGUUCAACGAGACCGUGGUGACGGCCGACACGGGCGCCAGGCUCGUCGAGCUGUACCAGCUGGAGAGGCUCGACGUGUAUCUGGGGCAGGCGUACACGCGGGCCGCGCUCAACUAUGCGCUGUUUGGGGAGGAGGAGAAGGCGAGGGUGUAUGCGGGGAUGGCGGUUGAGGCGCUGGAGAGGGAGGAUGGGGGGGAGGGGGCCGAUGCGAGGGCGAUGAGGGGGUUGGUGGAGGAUCCAAGGGGGCAUUGGACUUGGGGGAGGAGGAGGAGGGGGAGGGGGAAGGUUGCGUAG